AUGGAAAAGCUUAAAUCGCCCAAAUCGGCCAACUCGCAGAUCAAUGGGCAGAAUACAGCCUAUACUACGCCGCCGAAUAGUGGUCUCCAAGCCUGGCUGCAGGUGGCAGGCUCGUUCUUCCUCUUCUUCAACUCAUGGGGAACGGUCAACACAUACGGUGCCUUCCAAGCCUACUAUGAACUCGGCCUGCUUAAGGACCAGUCCAACUCAGACAUCUCCUGGAUUGGUGCAAUCCAAGCUUUUCUCCUCCUCCUGAUCGGAGUCAUUACUGGUCCUCUCUACGACUCGGGUCACUUUUACGUUCUCAUUCUCACCGGCUCCGCCCUCAUCAUUGUCGGAUUCAUGAUGCUCAGCGUCUGCACCUCAUACUGGCAAGUCCUCCUCGCUCAAGCGUUCUGUAUCGGACUCGGGAAUGGAUGUCUCUACAUCCCGUCUGUGGCCAUAAUUCCACAAUACUUCUCCUCGCGGCGUCCAAUUGCCACAGCCCUGGCCGCGUCGGGGAGCAACCUCGGAGGUGUCCUCUAUCCUAUAAUCUUCCGUCAACUCCAGCCUCGCAUCGGCUUCGGUUGGGCCACACGAACCAUCGGCUUUAUAGCUCUCGGAACGACUGCUUUUUCCAUGUGCGUCAUGCGCGUGCGCCAAACCCCCAGGCACAGACGCGUCUUGACCGAAUUCUCCGCCUUCAAACAGAUUCCAUACACCUUAUUCUGUGUGGCCAUGUUCUUCGGUUACAUUGGCUUCUUCAACCCUAUCUUCUACAUCGAAGCUUACGCCAUCCAAAAGCAUGCUGUAGGCGAGCCCCUCGCUUUCUACCUUGUCGCAAUCCUCAACGCUGCAUCCGUUCCGGGGAGAAUCGUUCCGGGGUUACUAGCCCCGAGACUCGGCCCGUUGAACAUACUGCUGGGAAGUGCUAUCAUCAGUGGCGCGUUGUCGCUAUGCUGGAUUGCUAUCACGGACUCUGGCGGCUUAAUUGCAUUCGCAGUCCUCUAUGGAUUUUUCUCCGGGGCUUUCGUUGCACUUCCCGCUGUGGCUUUGACCUCCCUCACUCCGAACCUUGAUACCUUGGGAACGAGAAUGGGUAUGUGUUCGGUGUUGUGUGGGUUGGGGUCCCUAUGUGGUUCACCUGUUGCAGGUGCCAUUCUGGAUAAUACGGGGUCGUAUCUGGGUGUGCAGCUAUAUUCAGGGGUUAGUAUUGGACCUACGGGUGUGCUGCUGCUUUUUACAGGAAUGUCGAGAAAGGACUGA